ACUUAGUAAUUUUUUUCCUCCUUAUCACUAAAUCACAUUCACGUUCCAGCACGGCAGAACCCUCACUUUCGCAACUCACCCUAACCCUAACUCACCUUCGCCACGCACCCUUUCACACACACACCCAGAUCCGAGUGAAUGAGUGAACCAGAGGGAGGGGAGGAGGAAGACAGAGAUGAGAGCGCGAGCGAGAGACCAGAGAGUGAGAGGGGGUCACCGCCGCAACGCCGCCAUCACCGUCGUGGAGGAGGGAGUCCAGAGGAGAGAGAGAGAAAGAUGAUUCGCAGACUAAAUGGAGAGAAAGGACGAAGACGCGACGCGAGAGAGAAGGAGGCUAUUCCACCGUGCACUAUGGUCGCUCCUGGGGUCAAUUGAAGCCGCCGCCGCUGCUAGGGCUUGCCGUGCUCCUGUCCUCACUUUCGGCUUCUACGAUUUACUUCCUGUUCGUACUCCCAACCCCGCUCUCUCUCCAACUUUCAUUUCAUUCUCAUUUCAAUUUCAAUUUCAAUUUCGAUGUCUCUGCAAGCGUUUCAUCAGUGCCGUUUUCGAUGCCAAGGGUGCGGAUGCAAUUCUCUCCUUUGAAAAGUUCUGCUGCAAUCUCCCCAGACCUCUUCUUCAGAUCAUAUAUGAUUAAUGUGAAUGAAGAACACUAGGUUGAGUUAAAUUGAAUUGAAUUAUGGAUAAGACAUAAGAGCAUGUUAGCUGGUUUGGAAUCACUUCCAGAAGCUUAUCAGCAAAGAAUAGUGUCCAUGAUGGAACAAGUUAGCUGGGUUAAUUCAUCAAUAAGAAUGGCUUUGCAUGGUUGCUAUUGUCACCAUAUAAAGUUGACAAAUCAUAGAAGAACACCAAACUCCUUCAGCUUCUCAUCCUACAUUUCGAAUCCCAAGUUUCCAAAGAAUAAAAGGGGACAGCGUGAUUCAUCAGAGAAUGAUGCAUAUCCCAGGUUCCUGGUUGUAAUGCGUCAGACAGAAUUGCCUGCAUCAAAUUCAAAGUAUGGUACCAAUGGAAAAGCUGUUAGAAUGGUACCCUCAAGUGAGGUAGUGAAGAGAAGCACACUGUCAGAUAAUAAGGUGAAGACAGUGAAUGGUGCAAAACAAAAUGUUAAUAGAGCAGCAACUAUUGUAAAAAGAGAUGUUAACCCACCCUUAACCAAGGCAGUGAAAUCAAGAACCUCUGAAGAACUUCCACCGCUGGAGGAGCUCAAGGUUUUGCAGCUUGGUCCAACUUUCAUCAAGCUUGGGCAGUUAUCAUCAACAAGGUCAGAUCUAUUUCCACGUGAAUUUGUGGAUGAGCUAGCAAAGUUGCAGGACAAGGUCCCUGCCUUCUCUCCAAAGAAAGCAAAAAGCUUCAUUGAGAGUGAAUUGGGAGCUUCCAUUAGCUUACUGUUUAGGGAGUUCGAAGAUCGGCCAAUAGCCGCUGCUAGUCUUGGUCUGGUAGCAUAAGAUCAGCCUACUGCUUACUUUCUCUGAGGAUUGAUAUGAUCCAGUAAUGAUCUUAAUACUGUUUAGGUUCAUCGUGCUAUCCUGC